CAAAUUUUACUUCAGUAGGCCUACUUGCUUUGAACAAAAUAUUUUGAACUUGUUAGUUUGAAUGUAUGCAAUUUAUAAUAUAUUUUUACGCAUUGUUUUAUAGUAUUCUGUUAAGAUAAUACUGCAAUGGCAACUCUGGAUAGUGAAGUUAGAAUUGAUGGACGAUUGCUCGAUUUGAUAGAUGACGAGUGGAGAGAGGAUACUCUCCCUGAGGAAGAUGUUGAAGUACCUCUUGAAGAGUUACCAGAACUUGAGCAGGACAAUGGUAAUACACAUGAAACAAUGAAAGAGCAAGAUAUGAAAUGGAAUGAUAUAAAUUUGCAGGAAUUUCUACAAACGCUCUCCACAUCACAAUCCUCAAGUUCUUAAAUUAAAGCCUUCCUUACGUGGGGAAAGAAACGAGUCUUGCUUACUGCCAUGACAGAGACUGGGAUUCAAUAAGAUUCAAAUAGUAACUUGCAAGUUUUGGCCAUUAACCUCUGACCUAAACAGUUGAAAAUCGAAGACACGCACUUAGGAUGGGUAUACAUUGCACACUUGCGAUAUACCAUUGACUCAUUCAUCAUGUUAAGUCUUUCCUGCCUCUAACUCAUGCUACAGACUCCAAAAUAAAGUAGUAAUGUUUUACUCAAGAAUACUUUUUGAGUGCAACUUUUUUUCUUUUACUUUUCAUGGGAGCUCAACAGUAACAAUUUAUAGUACCUUUGCUCUCUGAAAUGAUUUAGCAUGUUGCAUAGUGACUUUGUUAGUUAUUGAACCCAUGUGAUCUGUGAGCAUGUUUUCCAGAGCGUAAAAGAUAGUAAGGCAGCUGAAUGUCCCAUGUUAAGCGUACUUCUCUCCUUGUUAAUUCUCAUCUUCCUAUGACAAGCUUUAAUUGCGGUCAGAGAAGGAAUACUUUAAUCAUACACGAAUGAUCAACUUCUUGGGUUUAGUCAAUUUUGGCCUGUUUAAGAUAGUCAGUUCGUAAAGGUAUUCCUGACGCUCAGCACGAUGCGCCGCACCGCCGAGCUGCAGGAAAUAAAAUUCGCUAUAUAUCUCAAAUUACAUAUAGCCUAGUCUCAUGUCAAAGAUGGCCACAUAUUUUCAACACGUUUUUUGAAUAAAACAUACUAUCGCCUUA